UUUCAUGUCACGUGAUUUCAACACGUGGACAUAUGGAGGAGAAUCGAAAAUGGACAACAUAAAAAUGGAGCCUGAAGAAAAUGGAAACAGUCAGUACUUUUAUCCCACACAGCUGGCCCUGGCGGACGUGAAGCCACCAAUCAAUAACGAGUCAUUUACAAAUGCAGAGUCAUCCUCACCCCCUCCACCUCCGCCCUCUGAAAGAGAAGAGAAAGAGUCGAGGAGACGAUCUCGCUCUCCUCACAAGAGCAGUCGUCGGCACAGAUCACGAUCAAGAGAAAGACGAAGAUCGAGAAGCCGAUCACGCGAUAGGGACAGGGAUAGAGAUAGAGACAGGAGGAGACGAUCAUCAAGAGAGAGGAGGGACAAAGAUAGGAGGAGGAGCAGUAAAAGAUCUAGAUCAAGAUCACGUGACAGAGACAGGGAUAGAGAUAGAGAUGACCGGAAGCAGAAAAGCCGACGGAGAAAUCCCUCACAAUGGUGGGACAUACCUCCGAGAGGUUUUGAACAUAUAUCUCCCCUCCAGUUCAAAGCAAUGCAAGCUGCUGGUCAAGUCCCUACUGUUGGCAUACCACCUCCUGCUCUUGGUGAAGCCACUACUCCACUACCUAUCCCUCCUCCUCCUCAACCUGCUGCCAGUCAACUAACAAGACAAGCAAGGAGACUAUACAUUGGAAAUAUCCCGUUUGGCAUUGCAGAGGAGGUGAUGGUUAAUUUCUUUAAUGAGAAGAUGUUGGAGGCUAAACUCUGCUCUGCCCCUGGUAUACCUGUAUUAGCGGUUCAGAUUAAUAUGGACAAGAAUUUUGCAUUCAUUGAGUUUCGUUCAGUAGAAGAGACAACUAAUGCAAUGGCGUUUGAUGGUAUAGUAUUGCAAGGACAGUCACUGAAGAUAAGACGACCUAAAGACUAUGCACCAAUACCUGGAGUUGACAUAAUGCCCAAGCAUGUUCCUGGUGUUAUAUCAACUGUUGUUCCUGAUGGACCUCAUAAAGUUUUCUGUGGUGGACUACCGACUUAUCUCAGUGAUGAUCAGGUGAAGGAAUUGCUCUCGUCUUUCGGUGAUCUUAAAGCUUUUAAUUUAGUGAAGGACAGUGGGACCUCGUUCUCUAAAGGCUACUGCUUCUUUGAGUAUUUGGAUACUGACGUCACUGAUGGGGCAAUCCAGGGACUAAAUGGCAUGGCAUUAGGUGACAAGAAGCUAGUUGUCCAGAGAGCAAGUGUUGGAGCUAAAGUUAUGGAAGAAUAUGACAUUUCGACUGACAUUACAUCGAUGGCGAUGCCCAUUAGUAUACCUGGGCUUCAAAUGCCCAGUACAGCUCAGACUGCAACCACUGUUCUCUGUUUAAUGAACAUGACCACUGAAGAAGAACUUAGAGAUGAUGACGAAUAUGAAGGUAUAUUGGAAGACGUGAGGGAGGAGUGUUCAAAUUAUGGUCAAGUGUUGAGUGUAGCUGCUCCAAGACCAGUAGAAGGAACGCUAGUACCAGGACUAGGAAAGAUAUUUGUUGAGUUUGCUGCUACUGAUCAGUGCCAGAGGGCUCAGACGGCCCUUGCUGGUCGCAAGUUUGCGAAUCGCGUGGUAGUUACUUCUUUCUUUGAUCUUGAGAAGUACAGACAGAAGAACUUUGCUGCUCAAUGAAGAGAAUAGUUUUGUAGGAUACUAAUAUUAGCAUUUGUAGCUUUAUGCCUGGAACAUGCACACACUACAGUACAUAUGUUUUAUUGUAAUAUUGUUUUGUCUAAUAAAAUUGUUCACUAAAGUCGGACGCUUCCU